CCUCUGACAAAAACAAGGGCUGGGACUCCAGCGAUAGGAGCAGUGUGUCUGAAGCACAUUCAGCCACAGGCUCUUCGUCCAUUUUGUACCUGUUUUUAAUUUGUUUUCUCGAUUUUGUUUUUGAGAAAAAGGCACAGUAGCGCACCAUGCUGUCGGUGAAUUCAGCCCGUCAGCUUUGCAAAAUGUUCUCUUUGCACGUUGUUUUCCUGAGCGUGGCUAUUGUGGAGAGCAGUGCGUCAAAUGGGAAUCAAAAAGACUGCAUGAGCUCCAGUGGUGUGGAGUACAGAGGGGAACAACAGAGCUCCUCCUCAGGUCUGACCUGCCUAAACUGGACCAACACCACUAGAGACUAUGAUGUUAACAUCCAUCCCGAUUCACACACAGGUGUGGGAGAUCACAAUUACUGCCGAAACCCAGACUCCUCUGAGAGGCCUUGGUGCUACAUUGCUGGCCCAGAUGGGACAGUCCAGAGACAGUUCUGUGCAAUUGACACAUGCAAAGAUCAAGCCUCUACUGUGCCAGCAAAGGCCGAAUCCCUCAACCCAUCAGGAACUACUCCCUCCGCAGAGAGCUUUCAGCCAGCCAAGUCAGGUCCUUCUCAGGGAGAGGUUGCGGCCGUGCAGCCAGUGAUGGGAAUCAGCCAGCGGGUGCGCACAGGACCCAAAAAGAAAAAGGACCUUGGCACUCUCGGCUACGUCAUCGGCAUCCUCAUGAUGGCAAUUAUAAUCAUUCUCGGAGUGGGAAUCACAUUGGGCUACUUCUAUAAGAGGGGCCGGGACUUAAAGAAGCAGCAUGAACAGCGAGUGUACGAGCGCGAGAUGCAGAGGAUCACCCUGCCCCUGUCGGCUUUCUCCAACCCCACCUGCGAGCUGGUCGACGAAAACACUAUCGUUAUCACGGCGGAGCAUGAAACGACCCCCAUCCAAGAGAGCGUUGAGGGCGGGGACCCUCUCAUGGGCCAGCAAGCCGGUACGCCCGGAGCAUGAGGGGGCAUGUAGUCCUCAAACGGGACUGCGAUACGUUUUUGUGGACCAAAACACUUUCAUCUUCGUCUCUCCUGUCUGCCUCCCUGAGUAACCUCUGUUUUAAAAGGAGUAGGGGAGCAGUGAUGGCUCCAAAGAGUUGAACUGAAUGCUGUGUCCUUUUACUUUUGUUCUUUAUAUAUCUGAGGCACAAACAAGAUAAGCUGACACACAAUGGACACACUCCUAACAACCAGAAAGCAUUAAGGGGAAUAUGUCAUGAGGUCUUUAAUAUUCAUAUUUGAUACAUUUGAUAGCUAAGAAAAUAAGGUAAUGGGCUGCCCCCUUAAAUAACAGCAUGAAUAUCUAGUCAAAUGGAUGUUGACUAGUCAGUGUUUCUAAUGGUGUGUGAUGAAACCAAUCAUUUAUUAAACAAAAUUGUGUUUUUAAUGGGGGAAUGUUCAUAACCUUUGGUUUUUUAAUGUUUCCAUGUGGAGAAGGUGGUCUCCACAGGAGAUGUGUGGUUACAUGACGAAUAUGCGAUUGAUUUUUUUUUUGUAUAGACCCGCUGGCUGUGCUGAGGAGACGCGGAGAAGAAAUGUGUGUGUAUAAAGACUGCUUUGUCUUGGCGACACAGAUGUGUCCAAAAAUAGUCAUCCUCCUCUGAGACAGGAUGGGGGGAACAUGAGGUAAAACAGGCCCACUAAAGACAAGGGAAAUUGCCUUAGCAUGAUACUUCUGAAUGUAUUUGUUUAUCUUCCCGGGUGGGUUUUUUUUCUCUUUGUACUCAACUGACAGGGCCAAUGCGGUUACAAAGCCAUUGAUGGCCAUUGGCAGACAUGAAAGAGGACUUGCCCUUUUCUUCCACAGGUUAAGGAGUGACAGGAAAUUUACAGAGUGCUCUCAGGAAGCAUGAGAGACAGUAGUUAGUCCUCAGGACAAAAUAGCACUGCCACAGCACAGAACAGAUGGCAUCAGAAAAAAAGCCUAAAGUCUGUCUAUGCAGAGCAGGACAGCGGGCAUGUUGAAGUGCUGAAGAAGCCUGGUGCCUAGAUUAGAUUCAGACGUUUGAGUUAUGCACUUGAUGCUUCAGGGUAGAGACAGGGAUGGAGUAGAAUAGAAACAGUCCAAAGUUUGGUGUUGUUCAUUCAAAUACAUGAAUGCAUGUACAUGGUUACCUGCUGUAUGUUUGUGUUCAGGGGCCAUUUCUUUGCAUCUUUAAAAAAAGUAGAAACUACUGAGUGAAGAAGACAAUUUAGAAGAUACCUGCCUGAAAAUAGAAAUCAUCAUACACAGAAGAUUUUUUGGUUUUGUUACACAUGAUGCAUCGUUACUUUUCCAGUGUACAGUAUUGUUGGUUUGUUUGUUAUCACUCCAGAUGUUUUGUGGUUUUUGCUGGAUUCCACGUCACUGGUAAUCUUUGGUUACUGCUGCUCCAUUAUUUUAAGCGACUGUGUGCUGGUUGUAAUUAUUAUUUUCCUCACGUAAGCAACGUGUUCAAAAUAACAAAAUACUGUUGUUCAGCAUUUGAAUUUAGUACUUGUUAUUUGUAUAAAUGCACAUUUUCACUGCUGAGACUGAAAUAAAACAUCAAACAAA